AUGCCACCGUUCAAAGACGAACAUGUCUUGAUCAUUGCUCCGGGAUCGCAGAUCUCUCUCGCCCAACUGGGCCUCCCUGAGUCCUUCACGCCCGCUCGCCUCCGCAUUCCAACACGCAUGUUCCCCGCCGAGAAAAGGGGAGAGUGGGAAGCCACCAGAAUUCGAGAGCGGAAAGUAACGAAUACUCUAAAUAAGACUGAAGCCAAUGGACACCCCCGUGGGGAUAUCACUAUGGGCGAGGCGAGUAUUACUAUGGAUGGUCAAGCAGCGGCGGAAGAUCAAGAGGAUGACCCAAAAUAUGAAGAAGAUCCUACGAGCGAGGAGGGCGCGGUAUAUCCAUUGCGGGAUGGGCGAAUAGUAGACUGGGCGUGUUUUUUCGCUCUCCUUACUCACAUCUACAAUACCAUGGGCCCUCCAUUCCACACGCCGAUACUGGUCAUCUCACAACCAGCAUGGACGGCCCAAGAUCACGAGAGCUUGGCACAGUUCAUCUUCGAAAAGUUCAAGACACCAGCGUUUUGCUUGAUGGACUCGGCAUUGGCAGUCUGCUAUGCAUACGCUACACCUACAGCUACGGUCGUGGAUGUCGGGCAUGGAAAGUGUGACGUUACAGCGGUGAAUGAGUUUCUCGUUAGUGAUUUCGGAAGAGGGUCUGCGUUGCCAGGCUGUGGUGGAGAGGCGAUGACACAAAGGCUUCACGACCUACUCGGGGGAAAAGGAUUCACAAGCGAUGUAUGCGAGCAGCUGAAGAAAAGUCCAAUCUGCGAAAUAUUACCUCCUGGAACGGAGAUGCCAGCUGAGGCUGAAGCCUAUGCCCACGCAUCAAAUCCAGCGGCCGCAGCUUCUACUGGGGCUUCUGGCUCCGGCACAGGGCAACGAGGAAGUAUAGCCGCCCAGGGUGGGGCACCUCGAGGUCCUGGGAUCAACACCGAGGUUGGAGACGCGGAUGAAGAUCGAGAAUUCAAAGACGGCGAGGAUGAUGAAGGUGUCCUGGAUGUGGCUGCGAUCGUUGCUAGCGGAAAGACCAGCGAAUUCCUCGCCAAAAAGGAAAGGGAAAAAGCUGCUAAAGCAGCAGCCAAGAAGGACGCUGCCGAUGCAGCAGCAGUGGCUAAGGAAAGAAGCCUACCAAACUCGAAGCGCGUCAAAGCCACGUUUCAUUACCACGAGCGGAGACCUUUAGAAGAGCUCAAUAUGAACGGCAAGCGAGCUAUGGAUGGCGACAGUGGCCAAGAUGGCGGCGAGCCAAAGAGACAAAAGACUCCUGAGCCCAGUGUUGACAGUGCCGUUCAGGUAACAGAAAACACAGCUGCGGCGCGUAAAGAAGAGCGAAAGGAGGAGAGGCGGCGAAACAGAGAAGGUACUGCUUUUAUCCGGAAAAGUGCGGACGUCGGCCUGGAGAGGUUUCAGGCUGCCAGUGGUGGAAUCCUCGAUCAGAUUGCGGACGCGAUACAUCGAUGCAUUCUUUCGUAUCCUGAUAUCAGCAAACGCAGCGACCUUUGGGACUCUCUCAUCAUCUUGGGCAACGGUUUCAAGGAGGCUUUAGUUGGGACCCUGAACUCAAGAUAUCUCAUAUCCCCUUCCAGUGCUACAAUCUUCACCUCAGAGCUCCCAUCGAACUUCACGACACCUGUCGCUACUGGAGCAAAUACUCCCCAGCCUCAACAUCACCCUCAGUCACACCAUGGGCCUGGCGUCAACCCUCUCCUGCUCGCCGCAACCACAGCCUCGAAUCCCAAUCUUGCUCCACCUGGACAGUCACAACAGCAAUUGCAUCAACAGCUCCAGCUUCAACAGUAUCAUCAGCAGCAAAUGCAACAAGCUCACCAGCACUCGAGUCACGCGCAGACGCCGACGAGUAUCAAGUUGCUAAAGAUGCCCGACUAUUUUCCAGAAUGGAAAGAUGUUGGGAUGGAGGAAGCUGGUUUUCUAGGUGCGCAGGUAGCUGCUAAGGUUGUAUUCGUGGUGGAUCAGGGCAUUAGCAAAGGGUUCAUGUCAAGGACGGAGUAUAAUGAGCUGGGUCCCCAAGGCAUUCACGAGACCUGCCUUUAG